CCCCGGCUGGGUCUGGGUGUUCUCCGGAACUCCUGGAGUGCCCGACGAGUCGGGUUUGUAUCCCUAGGAGUUUUGCAUGUGACGGGAUCUUUGACUGCCUGAACAGAGAAGACGAGACCAACUGUCCUGAUGUCCAAUGUCCUUCCUACGUGGGUCGCAAGCCUGACUACCUGCCCAGGAACGGAAGUAACUGGGCCAACCUGCUCAUCAACAACGCUUUCCCCUGUGAAGGACAAGUUGUCGGAUGGGAAUACUACAGACUUAUCCGAGACGGUUCUGCCUUUGUUGGUGUGUGGCGCCAGAGUGCUGAUUCUGAGUUCAUGUUGGUGCGCAAGACGGAGCUGCCCUCAGCUGAUGUCGGUGUGCAAACUGUCACUGUCGACUCUCCAAUCCCGGUUCAACGUGGAGAUUUCAUCGGUAUCUUCUAUCCUCGCUCAACCCCCAACAAUGUCAUUGCCCAAGCAACAUUGGCUGAUGAUGUUGUCGCGUCUACAGAGUUGUACCAAGAUUACAAUGCUCAAAUUUACGAUGACAUGCUGUCAGAAGGUAUUGACUUCAACAUCAAUGCUGUGCCCUUUGAGUCCAGGAACGCAACUUUCUCCAUCAGGGCUGUCAUGGAUUACCAAGGCACUUCAGGUGGUAUUCCUCCUGCAUACACUUGCGGUCCGGAUGAGUACUCCUGCGGUGACGGUUACUGUAUCCCUAAUGAGUACCACUGUGACGGAGAGAUCGACUGUCCCAGCGAGAUUGAUGAGCAAGGCUGCCCGACAGACGAGGAGCCAGAACCGUGUCUGGAAGGACGUUUCCGCUGUGCCGAUGGAACCUGUGUUAAUCGCAGGUUGAGGUGUGAUGGAAAUUUUGACUGCCCUGAUCGGUCAGAUGAACGGUUUUGCUCUGGCUGCGCCGAGGAUGAGUUCACUUGCUCAUCCGGAGAGUGUAUCCCACGUGUGAUCCAGUGUAACGGAGUGAGGGACUGCCUCGAUGGAUCGGAUGAGAACAACUGCCCAUCAACCCGCUGCAGUGCCGACGAGUUCCGUUGUCGCGACGGUUCCUGCAUCAGCGCUCUCCUCCGCUGCGACAGUCGCGCCGACUGCCCAAAUGGAGACGAUGAAUUCCGUUGCCCGUCAAAGCCAUGCUUUCCGGGAGAGUUUCGCUGCGAACGUGGUCAAUGUAUUCCCAUGGCGCAGCGCUGUGAUCAAAUCGUACAUUGCCCCGACAAUUCCGAUGAGUUGGACUGUCCCUGCAGAGAUGACCAGUUCACCUGCCAGGAUGGAAGCUGUAUCCCCAACAACCAGAUGUGCGACUCUUUCCCCGACUGUGCCAACAACGAGGAUGAGGACCCAGAACUCUGCUUGCCCACAGUGCCCCCCACUUGCCCCGAGGGUCUGUUCCGCUGUGACUCUGGGAUCUGCAUCGACGCUCGUCGCCGCUGUGAUGGCACCUCUGACUGCUUCGACGGCACCGAUGAGGAAGGCUGUGUGGUGACCUGCAGUCCCGCUCAGUUCACCUGUGAUGAUGGCCAGUGCAUCGACAUCAGGAGUCGCUGUGAUGAUGUGACUGACUGUCGCGAUGGAUCAGAUGAAGUUGGCUGCCCCUGCAAGGCCAAUGAGUUUGAGUGCACCAGCGGUCAGUGUAUCCCCGCCCAGCUCCGGUGUGACCGACAGUUUGACUGCAGGGACAGGAGUGAUGAGGACGACUGCCCAUGCAGAGACGAGGAGUUCAGGUGUGGGAACGGACAGUGUCUGGACCAACGCCGCGUCUGUGACCGCCGGCCAGAUUGUACCGAUGGAAGCGAUGAGCUCAACUGUGACAAGUGCCGCAGAAAUGAAUUUGAGUGUGCUGAUGGAACUUGCAUUGAUGCUCGCUACAAGUGUGAUCGUUUUGUGCAGUGCCCUGAUGGUUCUGAUGAGUUCAACUGCAGCUGUAACCCCAGAGAGUACCGCUGCGCCAACGGACAGUGUGUGGCCGAGGGAUCUCGCUGCAACCAGAGACAAGACUGCUUUGACAGCAGCGAUGAGUUGAACUGCGUGGCCGAAUGUAGAGAAGACCAGUUUACCUGCGGAGAUGGUGAAUGUAUUGACCGCCGCAGGACCUGUGACGGCCGAGCAGACUGCCGUGACCGCUCAGAUGAAGCUGAUUGUCCCACCUGCUCACCCCAGGAGUUCACGUGCGUGUCUAAUGGCGCAUGUAUCGCCCAGUCCCGUCGCUGUGACAGGAGGGCUGACUGCCAGGACAGAAGUGAUGAGCGCGAUUGUCCAUGCAGAGAGGGAGAGUUCACUUGUGUGAGCGAUGGCCGCUGCCUGCCCCCUGGCUACAGAUGUAACGGAAACCCCGACUGUCGGGACGGAAGUGAUGAGGAGGACUGUGCUAAAGAGUGCAGUGCCCAGGAGUACAGAUGUGCCAACGACGAGUGCAUCCGUCGCUCCGGCCGUUGUAAUGGACGAUUUGACUGCUCUGAUGGAUCCGACGAGAGAGACUGCCCGACCCCUGUGACCCUGACCGUGACCCCGCAGCAGAUGCGAGUGCGUAUCGGACGAGAUGCUCUCUUCUUCUGCCAGGCUUCUGGAAAUCCUGCCCCAAGAGUGCAGUGGUCUCGUAGGACUGGCGGGGCUAUGCCUCUUCAAGCUAACAUCGACGGCAGUCGCUUGACCAUCACCAACGUGCGGCCUGAGGAUGCCGGUGACUACACCUGUACCGCGACCAACUCUGUCGGAAGUUCUGAAGCCAACGCUCGUCUUGCUGUUGACUUCAUCGGGCCACCUACAACAGCCCCUGAGCCCGACGGCCCGUGUGGAAGAGACGAGUCCACCUGCUCCAACGGUCAGUGUAUCCCCCGUGACUACGUGUGUGAUGGUGAGCCUGACUGUACCGAUGGGUCUGAUGAGAAGACUUGCAACACUGCCCUGCCUUGUGAACCCAAUGAGUUCAGAUGUAACAACGGCCGCUGUGCCAUGAAGAUCUGGAGGUGUGACGGCGACGAUGAUUGCUUUGACGGCUCUGAUGAGUUGAAUUGUCCAAAACGUCUUCCUGGUGCUCCAUGCCAGUCUGAUGAGUUCCAGUGCCGCACCGGCGACCAGUGCAUCCCCUUCUCCUACCAGUGCGAUGGAGAGCUUGACUGCAGGGACAGGUCCGAUGAAAUUGGCUGCACCGAGCCCACCAUCAUCACCCCACCCGUCAACGAGAUCUCCGUGGAGGUCAACGGCACCUUCACCAUCAUCUGCGAGGCCGUGGGCGUGCCCACCCCCCUCAUCGUGUGGCGUCUCAACUGGGGCAACAUCCCGACGGGACCUCGCGUCACAGUCACCAGUGUGGACGGGCGUGGCACUCUCACGGUGACCAAUGCCGUGCCGGAGGAUGCCGGAGCCUACACCUGUGAGGCCAUCAACAACAGGGGCAGCAUCUUUGCCGUUCCCGACGCUCUCAUCAUCGUGAGAAGAACCGUUGGAGUCUGCAGACAGAACUUCUUCAAUGUUGACGCCGUCGUUGAAAGCGAAUGCGUGCGCUGCUUCUGCUUCGGCCACACAGCAACUUGCUACAGCAGCGACCUUCAGCUCUCCCAGAUCACCCUUGGCAACCGCGUGGAGCUUGUGAGGAGAACCACCCUGGAGCCCGCGGAGCAGGCGUUCAUCCAGUACAUUCCGUCGUCCCGUCAGUUCCAGGUGGAUGACUUCAACAGUGUCCUCAGGACCGGCAGCUACUACUGGUCUCUGCCCUACCAGUACCUCAGCAAGAGGUUGAGCAGUUACGGAGGAAUGUUGAGCUAUCAGGUCUACUACGAGGUGGAUGGAUUUGAUGUGCCGACCAACGACCCCGAUGUGAUCAUCUCAGGAAAUGGAAUUACACUUUUCCACAGACAAGACUCUGACUUCCGCCCCAGAUCUCAGACAACUGUCAAUGUUCCUCUGGUUGAGACUUCCUGGGAGCGUAGCGUUGACGGUGCUGUGAGAGGAUCGUCUAUCUCGGAGUACGCGUCUCGUGAAGACCUCAUGAUGGUCCUGGAGAACGUCACCACCAUCCUCAUCAGGGCCACCUACGACAACAGGCAGUCACUCAUCAGAUUGGGCAAUGUCUUGUUGACCACCGGAGGAAACCAGCCAACUGGACUGGGCCGUGCCGUCUUUGUGGAGCAGUGUCAGUGUCCUACUGGCUACUCGGGCAACUCUUGCGAGGACUGUGCCCCCGGCUUCUACCGUGUGGAGAGAGGCAGAUACGGCCGUGAGUGUAUCGCUUGCAACUGCAACGGACACUCCAACGAGUGCGAUCCAUUCAAUGGCAUCUGCAGGAACUGCCGUGACAACACCGCCGGACCCUACUGCAACCAGUGCGCCCCUGGCUUUGUGGGCGACCCAAGCUCUGGACGUCCCAACGCCUGCCAGCCCUGCCCCUGCCCUCUGAGCACCCCAAGCAACCAGUUCAGCCCCACCUGCAUCCGUGACUUUGACGGAGACAUUACCUGCACCGCCUGCCCUGAGGGCUACACCGGACGCAGGUGUGAGAGGUGUGACGAAGGAUAUCUCGGAAACCCUGCUGUCGAAGGCGGCCGCUGCAGAAAGGCCGGAGACACGGACUUCAAAGUGUGCGACCAGCGCGGCAGUGUGACUGACCUCCCUGAUGUGAUUACUGGACAGUGUACCUGCAAGGGCAACGUUGAAGGCCGGUACUGCGACAGCUGCAAGGACGACACCUUCUACCUGUCCUCCGACUACCCGUACGGCUGCAUCUCCUGCUUCUGUAUGGGCGUCACUCAGACCUGUCAGAGCUCUUCCUGGAACCGCGCUCAGGUUGGUGUAUCCAUCAACCAACCAGACACCGGCGUGUACAUCACAGACAUGAUGCAGAAGCAGAGAUUCACCCAGGGUCUCUCCAUAGAUCGCCAGUCUCGCGAGCUCGUCUUCCGUGGAUUCAGCCGUCUGGAGCCUGGCAUCUACUACUGGGCCCUGCCCCAACAGUUCCUGGGCGACAAAGUGUCUUCCUACGGAGGAAACCUCAGGUUCACCAUCCGCUACCGUGCCGGAAGGGACAACUCUCAGAUCUCUCUGUCCAACCCUAUUGUGGAAAUUGGAGGCAAUGAUAUCACUCUGAUGUACAGAUCUUCUCGCCCAGUGCAGGAAGGCAGACAGCAAUCAUUCCAAGUGCCAUUUAUUGAGACCGAGUGGAUGAGAGUGGAUGGAGAAAGUGCGACCAGGGAGCACCUGCUUAUGGCUCUGGCUGAUCUCGACUUCAUUCUGGUCCGUGCCUCAUAUGCUAAUGAGAUUGACGAGACUGCUUUGAGCGGCAUCUCCCUGGACAUUGCGGAGGACCGACGUACCGGACAGGACAGAGCCUACCCCGUGGAGCAGUGCGUCUGCCCUCAGGGCUACCGCGGAUUGUCUUGUGAGGACUGUGCCCCUGGCUACACCAGGACCGGCCGUGGCCUUUACCUUGGCCUCUGUGAGCCCUGCCAGUGCAAUGGUCACUCCAGUGACUGCGACCCUGAGAAUGGCGUGUGCAGGAACUGCCGUCACAACACUGAGGGAGACAGAUGCGAGCGCUGCAGCCGUGGUUACUAUGGCAACUCCACUCGUGGCUCCGUCAACGACUGCCAGAAGUGCCCCUGUCCUCUCACCGAGUCUCCCAACCAGUUCAGCCCAGACUGCCAACUGGAGGCAGAUGGUCAAGUGACUUGUCUGUCUUGCCCCAUCGGUCAUACUGGACGUCGCUGCGAGAGAUGUGCUGAUGGUUACCAAGGUAACCCCAACCGCCCUGGAGACUUCUGUAAAUUGAUCAAUGUCACCUGUGACUGUGACGACAGGGGUACCCUUCCCAACGCACUCUGCGACCCCAACACUCAGCAAUGCCAGUGCAAGACGUACGUCCAAGGUCUCCGCUGCAGCACUUGCCAGGAAGGCUACUUCUACCUGAACCAGGACAACGAGCAGGGAUGUCUCAAGUGUUUCUGUAUGGGCAUCACCAACCAGUGCUCCAGCUCCAACUACUACAGAGACGAGAUUGUCCCCAUGUUCAACUCUGACGGAACUCACAACUUCGCCUUGACCAAUCGUCGCUUGUCCCGUACCAUCUCCGACGGCUUCACCAUGGAUGCUUCCCGCAACGAGAUCACUUUCAACAACUUUGAAGGAAUCCAGAGGGAACAGGAGAGCUUGUUCUUCCAGCUUCCUCCCAAAUUCAGAGGCAACAAGGUGUCAUCCUAUGGAGGCUUCCUGAGAUUCGGUCUGUCCUACACCACUGCCUUCGAUGCUGGUCGUGAGUACAUGGACGUUGAUGUGGAAAUCAUCAGCAAGCAAGACAAGAGGAUGUACUACUUGUUCCGUCCAUCUCCCAAGGCCCGUCAGUCUUACGACUACGAUAUUCUGCUCACUGAGAGCUCCUUCAGAAACCUGAUGGACGGCCAGACCCCGUCAAGGGAGGCUUUCCUGAGUGUGUUGGCCGACAUCGACGCGAUCCUGAUCCGAGCCACAUACCACUCUGUCAUGGACUCUGUCAGUCUCACCGACCUGCGUAUGGAGAUUGCUGUACCCCAGCCGACCGGAAAACGUGCCGCUCCCGAGGUGGAGAAGUGUAUCUGCCCCGAUGGCUACACCGGUCUCUCUUGCCAGGAGUGUGCGGCUGGCUUCCUCCGCGUGGAAGGCAGUGGUACCGGACUCGGUCGCUGCGUGCGCUGUAGCUGCAACGGUCACGCCACAAGCUGUGAUCCCAACACCGGAGAGUGCCAGAACUGCCAACACAACACUGAGGGAGAGCGUUGUGAGAGGUGCAUCCGUGGUUUCUACGGCGACCCCACCUCUGGAACCCCCAAUGACUGCAGACCCUGCCCCUGUCCUCUCACCAUCCCAUCCAACAUGUUCUCUCCAUCCUGCUACCUGGAUGAUGACAACAGACCUACCUGUGACAGAUGUCCUACCGGCUAUACUGGACGCGACUGUGGACAGUGCGCUCCUGGCUAUGGCGGCAACCCUCGCGAGCCCGGUGGCAGAUGUGAGGUGGAUACCGUCGGACCCCCACCAGGUGUCGCUGUGAGCCCUGUAUCUGUGUCCGAGCCCAUUGGCUCCACCGCGACCUUCCAGUGUAUCCCAAGUGGCCAGGCACCGUUCAACGUGGUCUGGAGCCGACUGGACGGGCGGCCAUUGCCUCGCAGGGCCCAACAGGGACCCGGCCCCAAUUACCUUCUCACCAUCACUCAGCUGGAGUUUGCCGACUCAGCGAGAUACGUGUGCUCGGUCACCAACGCUUACGGAAAUAACAGGGAUUAUGUGGCUCUCCAAGUCACUGACAAUGAGACGCCUCUGAGAGUGAGGAUUGAGGAGCCAACCAAUGUGGUGACAAGACCCGGUGCCCAGGUCACCUUCAUCUGCGUGGCCUACCAGUACAGCAGUGCUGCCAACUACGUCCUGUCCUGGUCCAAGGUCGGUGGUGUCCUUCCUGGCAAGGUUCUGGAUCAGAACGGCGUCCUGGUCAUCCCUGACGUUGACGAGAAUGACAUCGGUACCUACACUUGUACCGGAUCUGACCCCGGUGGCACCGACACUGCCCGCGCCUCCGUGAGGUUUGGAGAUUUUGAGGAGCCCCCCACAGUGCGCAUUGAGCCCCGCUACCUGCAAGUCUCGGAGGGAGAUGAUGUACAGUUCAGAUGUAUCGCCCAAGGAUCACCUCAACCCACCGUGCGCUGGACUAAAGGAGCUGACGGUCCUCUGCCUAGCUAUGUGAUCACCGAUGACAGCGGCCUGUUCCGCAUCCAGUCAGUGACCGCUGAUGACCAGUCAGACUACUACUGUACCGCCACCAACUCUGAGGGAACCACGUCUGUCAGAACCAUCAUCUACGUUGAGAGACGUCCUACCCGCGUGGAGGUCAUCGUUCGCAGAACCAACAUCACCGCCGUCAUCGGAGAGACUGAGCAGCUGAUCUGCUACGCCGAGGGAAGUAACCAGGUCAACCUUAUCUGGUCCCGCGAGGGAGGACUGCCUAUUGGCGCCACCCAGGAGAACGGCAUCCUGACCUUGAGCAACAUCCAGCCUUCCUACAGAGGAACCUACGUUUGUACCGGCGCCACGCCCUCGGGCAUCAUUGGACGCGCCACUGCCCGCGUAACCAUCAUCGGAGAAGCUCGUGAGGCACCAACAGUGACCAUUGAGCCAGACCGUCAGACCGUCGGCUCGGGCACCACAGGAACUCUGCGCUGCAUCGUGACAGGAACCCCGCGCCCCUCCAUCACAUGGUCCAGAGCCCGUGGAGAGCUCUCCAGUAACCACCAGGUGAACGGCGACGUUUUGAGAAUUCUCCAGGCUGACAUGGACGACCGUGGUGUCUACGUCUGCACUGCUUCCAAUGUUGCCGGAUCUGCCCAGGCUUCGGCCAUUGUUGAUAUCGAACGUCGCGAGCCACCACUGAUCGAGCUGUACCCAGACAACCAACAGAGCCGCUCGGUGGGCAGCAGCGCCCUCUUCCAGUGCCGUGUGAUUGGAGGAACCCCCGCCCCGACUGUCACCUGGUCCAGGUCCACCAGUCAUCGACAUUACCCCUGGAACCAGGAUCACCACUAUCGUUGGCGAGAGAGUGAACAUUGAGUGUGUGGGUAUUGGAGAUCCCCCACCGACCGUUUUCUGGAGGUCUGGACAGAGAAGGCGUUCUGACGUGCUGCCCGAGGCUUACGAUGUUGGUGACGGCACCGCCAGACUGGUGUUCGAUUCCAUCUCCAAGACGGACGCCGGACGCUACAUUUGCAUCGCCACAAACGAUCGUGGAAGAACCGAAGAGACUGUUGAUGUUACUGUUCUUGAUCGCGAAGGCUCAGUACAGCCAGAGGUCAUCAUCGAGGGACCCGAGCGUCUGAGCGUGCGUGUCGGUCAAUCCGUUGAGCUGACCUGCUCCUCCCAAGGACUGCCCAACCCAAGAAUCCGCUGGAGGAGACCUGGAGGCGAACCUCUGCCCCCUGGCCACAGUGUCCGCAACGGCGUGCUAUUUAUUCCGAGAAUUGAACCCGAGUACGCUGGAGAAUACAUCUGCUCUGUCAGCAGCGAGGCGAUCUCCACAGCUCUUGUUUCUUCCAUUUACAUCAUCGUCAGUGUGACCCCAAGACUGACCAUCUCGCCCUCGAGCGUGGCGGCCAGGCCCGGCCAGCCUAUCUCCCUCACAUGCCAGCCGGCCGGUCAAGGACCGUUCAACAUCGAAUGGACCAAGGUGGGAGGCACUCUCUCCCCUCAGGCCCGCGAGAAUAACGGUGUCCUUGAGAUCCGUCAAGUGACCCGCGCCGACGCAGGCACCUACAGAUGUAUCGCUAGCAACGCCGCUGGAUCGACUGAAGGAUUCGCCGACGUCACUGUGCUGUCUCCCCCAGUCGUCAGUGUAGGACCCAAACAGCAGACCCUGGCACCUGGCUCGACCUUUGAACUUCGCUGCAACGUCCAGGGAGAUCCUCAACCUGUUAUCCGUUGGGACAAGGACGGAGGUGACCUGCCCCUGCAGCACCAGAUCAGGAACGGCGUUUUGACCCUGUACAAUCUUCAGCCCGAGGACACCGGACGCUACAUCUGUACGGCCACCAGCCAGGCUGGUUCGGCCAGAGAUUUCUCUUUCAUCACCGUGGAAACUCGUGAAACAGGAGGAGUUAUUACCACCGGCCCCAGCAUCCAGUACGUGGAUGUCGGAGACAGAGUCGAGUUCGAAUGUGUCGUCAGCGACGCUGUGUCACCACCCACCGUGUCUUGGGCCAAACUGGACGGUGUCCUGCCAGCCUCUGCCAUCAUCGGAGAAAGGAUCCUCAUCAUCCCCGAGGCCCGCCCCGAAGAUUCCGGAGUGUACCGCUGCAUCGCCACCAACAAUGCUGGAUCUGUCCACCGCGAAGUCCAGCUUGUCGUUCAGAGCCCACCCAUCAUCUCUGUGCAACAAGACUACACCACUGCUGCUCUGGGCAGCCCCGCCCAGCUCCGAUGUGAGGCCUCCAGCUUCCCCGAGCCCAGGAUCUCCUGGAUGAAGGAGGAGGGAGACCUGCCAGACGAGCACUCUGUGACAGAUGGAGGAGACCUGUACAUUCCCCGUGUCCGUGAGGAAGAUGCCGGAACCUACAACUGCCUGGCCUCAAACCGCUUCGGAACCACUCGUUACCCGGUCGUGCUGCUCAUCGGAGCACUGGUCCCAUAUUUCACACAAAACCCAACAUCUUACAUGGCCUUCCAGCCUCUGAGCGAAGUCUAUCUUGACCUUGACAUUCUUCUGUCCUUCCGUCCGGAAUCCACCGACGGAAUGGUUCUGUACAACGGACAGUACGACACAGGCAAUGGAGACUUCAUGUGCUUCGGCCUCAAUGGUGCCUACCCAGAGUUCAGAUUUGACGUGGGUGCUGGACCGGCCAUCAUCCGGGGCAAGGAACCUCUGGAGCUGAACAGAUGGCACACCGUCCACCUCAAACGCCAGGCCCAGAACGGUGCCAUGAUGGUCAACGACGAGCCCACAUACUCGGGAGUCGCCCCCGGACAGUUCCGUGGACUGGACAUUGCCCAGCCAAUGUACGUCGGCGGAGUGCCAGACUUCAGAAUUGUGCCAAGGAGCGCUGGAUUCACCUCUGGAUUUGUUGGUGGAAUUAGCCAGAUCGAGAUCGGCGGAGUUGGCCUGAACCUCGGUGGUGAAGCUCGCCAGAUCGUUGGCGUGGAACAGUACCAGGUGUGUGAGGAGACUUUCUGUCUGAACGGAGGAGUGUGCACGCCCUUCAACAACGCCGUGGGUCGCAUCUGCGCGUGCCCUCAGGGAUUUGCCGGAGCUCGGUGUGAGCUGCAGGGUGAACAGUGCUACCCCGGUGCCUGCGGACCAUCUGGCCGGUGCCACAACCUCGCUGGAAGCAUGGGCUUCCUGUGCGUCUGCCCUAUCGGUUAUGGAGGAGAGGGCUGCAGACAGACCCCAAGAGUGGUAGACCCAUCCUUCAACAAGACCUCCUUCAUCUCGUACCCAACAAUCUCCGGACUUCUGUCCGUCCGCAUCCGUCUCAUGUUCAAGCCGACCUCCCUCGAGGACGGAAUCAUCCUGUACAACGCCAAACAGCAGGACGGAAAGCAGGACUUCAUUGCCCUCCUCAUCAAGGACAGACAUCUCGAGUUCCGAUUCGAUACCGGUUCAGGCCCAGCUGUGCUGAGAAGCAGACAACCCCUGCAGGUCAACGAGUGGACAAUGGUGGUGGCCAACCGUAAGGGCCGCGACGGUAUGCUCAUCGUGAACAACGAGGAGUCUGUCAACGAACAAGUUGAACCAAACGAUGGUCUCCUCUUCUCCCGACUGGAGCGCGGCGAUGUCAUCAGAGGCACAGCAGGAAACGGCGGCACCGUUGGCCUUAACCUUGAGCGACCUCUGUACCUGGGUGGUGUGGAUCCCCGUGAGACCAUCAACCCCAACGUGGGCACCCUGGACGGCUUCAUCGGCUGUGUGGGAGAGCUGAACAUCGGAGACAACACCCUUGGACUUAUCGACGACGCUGUGGAGAGCAUGAACAUCCAGGACUGCGGCGACCGCAGCCUGUGCGAGAGACGACCUUGCCGUAACGGUGCCACCUGCAUCGACGUCUCGCCCACCGAGUACAGCUGUGUCUGCCCAACCCGCUUCACAGGUUCUCGCUGCGAGACUGAGAUCAACAUCUGCGUGGUGAGCGACCCGUGCCAGAACGGAGGCGUGUGCGUCGUUGACGGCGGUGACUACAGGUGCGACUGUCCUCUAGGAUGGAUGGGCCGCAACUGUGAAGCAGAGCUUCAGGUGACCAACAGCGCAGAGUUCCUUGGCAACAGCUAUGCUGAGUUCCCCCGCAACUUCCUGCCCCACCGUCGCCAGCAGACAAGGGAGACAAUCCGCCUGACCCUGACCACCACCGAGCCCUCUGGACUCCUGCUCUGGCAGGGUCAAAAGGCCGGAGAACAGGGAGGAAAGGAUUACCUCUCCAUGGCUCUCAACGACGGAUACGUAGAGUUCAGAUAUGAGCUGGGCAGCGGACCAGGCGUAAUCAGGUCGACACAGACUGUGGAUGAUGGCUUCCCUCACGUCAUCGAAGUGUCGCGACUCGGCAGAGACGCCUCGCUCACCAUCGACGACAGCGCCCCGGUCACUGGAACCUCCUUAGGCCCGCUGCAGGUUCUCAACGUCCCAGGAAACAUCUUCUUUGGUGGCGUUCCUGACUUGACCAGGUACACAGGCACCCUGUUCUCCCAGAACUUCCUGGGCUGUAUAUCGGAUCUGAGCGUACAAGGAAAAGCAAUUGUCAACUUUGGUACAGACCCGAUUGGAGGCAUGAAUGUUAGACCCUGCCUAAGCGCUUAGAAGGGGACUGUCUGCAAGCUCAGCUGAAAAAAAGAUUAUCAUAAUUCAUACUAUAAUUAUAAUUAUUAUUAUUAUCUAGUGCCUUCAUUAAUUGCCUCCAUUACUUGCUGUCAUCGGUAUCACUACAUAAUGCCAUCACCAAUGUUGCCUUCGUACAUUAUUCAUGUAUAAAUAUUAUAUCAGCCUGUGUUGUUGGGUGGGGGGGGAAUCCUAGAGAGCUUUUCAGUACAGCUGAUGUACUGUUGACUAAUCCUAGUAGAGACUUACUGGAUGUUGUUAGCGAGUAGACGAGAGAGGAAACCAACCCCCUGUCUUAUAAUUGACGUGUGUUGGAAGGGGGAGUCCGUUCCUCUGUCACAUGACGUCUACGAGUAGGACGGGCGGGGAAGAAGUAAUAACAUCUAGGUAUGAUGAAAUCAUUCGCUCAAAUGUGACGUUAUGCUUUUUCGGUCACGUUUCUUUCCUCUCUACCAAAUGGGCAAUAGAUUGUUCAAGCUAGUCCUAAUAAUUUUAUUUUUUUUUGUCGAUAACGACGAGUAGAGUAGAUUAGUAGGUUUUUUUUCAGACUUGAACACCUUUGAUCUUUUUGUCUUUUUGCUAACCUGAUUUGUGUUAUGUGAGCAUGAGACAGAAAGCCCUUCCCUUAUGAUCAAAUACUCAUACAAUUAACCUGGUGCUAAAGGACUUUCUGUCGGGUGUACUUGAAUUAGCAGGCUUCAUUGUUCAGUUUUUUUAAUGUGUUUUUUAAAUGUACGUUUACAGAUAAGGCCUUUUUUUUCUUCAAAAUUUGUAAAUUUCCCGAUCAGUUGGUCUGUCAGUAUGUCAUGUUUCUUUGUACAAGUGGCACUGAGUUUUUGUCCAUGUUUAAGUAUUGUAUGGCUGUUGGCCAGUGUUGACAGUUAUUUUGUUUGUUCGUCUGAGUUUUCCUUUUUUUUUUGUGCUCUCAAUUUGGUUAAAACUCAUUCUCUGCAUAAUAGUAGUGAAAGAUGCAAGUGUUGCUUGGAUGGUGAGAUAUAAUAGACUGUUCUGUAUGACUUACAUGUGAACUAGAAAAUGUACCACAAUACUUCAUGAAGAGUUCUCUGUUCUUUCUCUCCGUGUAUAACUCUGCACAGUCUCUGUUUGUAUCUAUCAAAACGUUCAUUUAACGGUUCUUGUACAAACCUUCAACUUCUCAAAGCACAAUCUUUAAUCAAUCAAAUUAAUACAUUCAAGUAUUAGACACACUGUCAUAAUGCCUAGAAUAUUUAACAGAAGUUAAGAUCUGAGAUAACUUUGAUUUUGUCGUAGUUAUCUGUCGGCGAUCAGACUAGGUAGAAGAGAUUGAUUGUAAAUGCCAAUUUCUGAAGAACUGUUUUAGACCUAGACAACUAUGAAAUAUACAUAACAAUCAAAUUCUGUGAUUUGAAUUUCAUAAUAAACUUAUCUUUUUUUACAAUGA